AUGGGUUUUGCAUCUGACUGUGGCCAGGAGAUCGACUAUAACCUCGCUGAAGACGACUCACAAUUGGCUAUUUGCGGUUCCAAGCUGCGCAUCCGACAAGACGACACUCUCCCUCUCGGCCUGACCUCCAUCACCAUCGGCACCGCGACCACCGCGACCGGAACCACCGUUCCCUUCACUGUCCCGUACUCGCUCUCGCGCGAUCCUGCAGGCUCGCUCAGAGGCAGCGGCACCACGGUCUUCGACCAACCCCUCAAGAGCGCCACCCUGAUUUCCAGCGACGUCCACGAUUCGUCUCUUGCGGCGUUCUCCUCGGCCGAAUGCGCUUUCUACACCGGCGGUGUGAAUCUCAGCGAAGGGGCGUCCGCGUGUAUUGGUGAUGUCGUGGCAUUGGCACCGACUCACGACGACGGCUCGAAGGUGACGUUCAACGAGGUGGUGGUUUGUAUGAUUUGCAGCUACUCUUGA